AAUGCCAUUAGUUUCUUCUAAAUAUAAACACGACGAAAUAUGCAGUAAAGCUGUCAAAGUUGGUGGAGGAGGUGUAAUAACAUCACCAUUUUAUCCGGAGCAAAGUAGCUUUAAAACAUUAGAAUGUAUGUGGAAGAUAAUAGCAGAGAAAAAUCAUCAAAUACUAUUGAACGUGGUGGAUAUCGAUUUUGGAAAUUAUCGUUGUUUGGAAGCCUAUAUUGAUAUCUAUGACGAAGGACUGAUGUUAAAAGAUAGUCGAAAGCGUCUCUGCGAUAAGAAAAAAGACAUAAAGGAGAUUCGAACGAGAACCGGACGGGCUUAUGUUAGGCUUUUCAUUAAUGGGUCAAAAGUACAGCACAAUGAACCCAUAAAAGGUUUCAAAAUAGUUUGGACAGGAGUCAAGUCACAAAUUACUGAUUACAAUGAGAAUAAAUGUGAUGGAUUUCUGUGCAAGGGGGUAGAACUAUGCACACCUGGAGAUAUACUCUGUACUUACCCUAAAAGUUACUACUGUAUUGACAAGUCACUUCGCUGCAAUGGAGUGAUUCAUUGUGGCUUAGAUGAUAAUAGUGAUGAAGAUGGGUGCAAUACAUUACUAUAUUGCCUACUUGCAGGGGGAGCUGUUAUUUUUAUAGUCUUUACAAUAUCUAUCGCCACCUUCAGGGCUAGACAAAAUAGGAAGAUGAAAUCCAAUUUAAGAAAUGGGAAAUUAAAUAAAAAACCGGAUAGAAGUCCAAUUAAAGCUGGUACCGGGUACGAGCAACCACCAAGUUACUGCUUCGUAUCUACUUCAACAUCUCAAUACCAAAAGCGCUCCACGGUCGAUACGACAGUCAAAGCUAACGGUGACGUUUUCUUUAGUCCAGCCAAAAAGGUUCGAACAGUCGGUCCUCCUCCUCCCAGACCGGGAAGAGGAAGCAACAAUUACGAUUGUCCUGAAUAUCAAACAUUAACUAAAAUGAAAAAUGACGGUACUAUAGCCGAAGUUAAUGAAUCUUGUACUCAUUCAAUUGUAUAA